AUGACCGGCCGAUCGCCUUCGUCCUCCGGCCUUCUUCCCAUGCCUGGAUCACCGUCGUCGUCCUGGGCGACGUACCGCGCCCGCUUAUCUGCCCUCGUUCGCCAUGCUGAUACCCAGGUUAUCGUGGCCUUUUGGCUUCUCGGCCUCAUCAACAAUGUUCUCUACGUAAUCAUUCUAUCCGCCGCCCAAGACCUCGUCGGUUCGUCGGUCCCGAAAGGCGUCGUCCUCCUCGCCGACGUCCUCCCCUCCUUCUUCACGAAACUGAUCGCCCCCUACUUCAUCCAUCGAGUGCCCUACUCGCUGCGCGUCCUGGUCCUAAUCGCCCUGUCGUGCUCAGGCAUGCUGCUCGUCGCCCUCACGCCGCCCACAAAGUCCGUCGCCGUAAAAAUGGUCGGCGUCGUCAUCGCCAGCCUCAGCUCCGGCGGUGGCGAGCUCAGCUUCCUCGGGCUGACGCAUUACUACGGCCCCAUGAGCCUCGCAGGCUGGGGUAGCGGGACGGGCGCGGCGGGUCUGGUCGGGGCGGGUCUAUACGUGGUGCUGACGGACUGGUGGGGGUUCAGCGUGCGCAACAGCCUAUUGUUCUCCGCCUGCUUGCCCUCCAUCAUGUUUGUGAGCUUCUUCAUCAUAUUGCCAAAGGGGCCGCUCAAGGGGGGACGGAAGGAGUACACAGUCGUUUCGGAGCAGGACUUGGAAGAGGAGGAUGUCGAGGAGCUGUCGCAGAACGCGGCGUCAUCGGCUCUACUGGCGCCGGGCCCUGCAACCACCUCGACGGCAUACUCGGUGCAGCACGCGGAUGCGCACAGCUUCGAGCACAACUUGAAGAGGGCAAAGUCGCUCUUCUUCCCGUACAUGCUGCCGUUACUGCUGGUGUACAUUGCCGAGUACACCAUCAAUCAAGGCGUCGCACCGACGCUGCUCUUCCCGCUCUCGUCGUCACCGUUCAAGGAGUUCCGCGAGUUCUAUCCAAUGUACGGGUUCCUGUACCAGCUAGGCGUCUUCAUCUCGCGGUCCUCGACACCGUUCUACCGGAUCCACCGCCUCUACCUGCCCUCGCUGCUGCAGAUCGUCAACCUCGUGCUGCUGACCUGCCACGCCCUGUUCGACUUCAUCCCGUCAGUGUACGUGGUGUUUUUGAUCGUGUUUUGGGAGGGUCUGUUGGGGGGCGCGGUGUACGUCAACACGUUUGCAGAGAUUAUGGAAAAGGUGCCGAGCGAGGACAGGGAGUUUAGCUUGAGCGCGACGAGCGUCAGCGACAGUGGCGGAAUCUGCAUUGCCGGGUUCGUCGGUAUCGUCAUGGAGGUGCAGCUUUGCAACUGGCAGGUCGCGCAUGGACGGGACUGGUGCCGCAAGAUCAAGGUCGGAUGA